AUGCCAUCAACUGUCGUGAAGGAACUUUGUCCAAAAGAUUCAUUGAGCCGUUACGGGGGCCUGGAUAUGGAUACCUUCGAAGCCAUCGUAAUCCUCCUCGUCAUCGUCCUGAUCUUUACACCGACUCCCGUAACGCAGAUAUGGCACUGGCUCGCCAUCCAAUUUGGUUGGGAAUGGCUACGUCCACAUGGCCCCCCGCCUGGAUACCUUGCCCCGCUUCUACUCGAAUUGAAAGGCCUCAGGAGUGAUAUCAAUCUGCAGCUUGCGUCGAUUGUGGACGCCGUGGCUGCCGGGAGGGGUUCGAGAAGGCCUGGCACGGGUUUACAGGGCUCGGUUGGAAACGAGAUGGUUUGA